AUGGAUCAUACCAGGCUCUCUCAGCGAUCAGUGUCCUCUGCCGGAUCAGGCAAUUCAAACGCGACGGCUUCCUCACGGUCGCUGGGCAAGUACAAGAGGGUAAGUGGGAACGGCGGAGUAGAUGAAUCACUCUUUGGGCCAACAAGCGACAGAUCUGCACGGCCAUCAGAGAACAGGGCCACGAGAUCACAGAAGACCGUGCGCAAGCUCGAGAAGAACGAGAAGGUGGAGAUGGACUCUGUCGUCAUCACCCAGGACGAGAUGGAUCGAAUCAGAAGAGCGGCUCGUGCUGAAACCUUGAAUCAAGCUGAGAGUCGUCGGCGGGAGGAACAAGAGAUGCGAGCGGCUGCGCAGGCCAAGGCGAAGGAGAGGAAGGAGAGGAUGCUGGCGAUGGAGGCGAGCAGGAAGGCCCACUUGGAGAAGUCAGACUUGGAGCUCGAAGACGAGGAGCUGGCGGCGAUGUUGCACUCGAAUGCCGAGAAGGCGAAACUGGAGCAGAGUGAUGCUGUGAAGCAAAUGAAUCAGAUGACUCUGUACGCCAAAUGCGUGACGAUCCGAGACGCUCAGUUGCUGGAGAAGCAGAUGAUAAUCAAGGAUCAGCAGGAGCAAGAGAGAGAAUUCGAGAGAAAGAUUGAAGCCGAGAGAAACAAGGCGAUCAGGUUGGCUGAAGAGCGCGAAGUGCAGAAGAAGCAGGAGCGGUUGCGCGGCGCUCAGAUCAUUCAAACUCAGAUCCAGCAGCGAGAGCAGGAGAGGAUCAGGGAGAUGGAACAACUGGACAUGGAGAGAGAAGCCAUGCUCAAGAAAGCUGAAGAGAUCAGACAGCAAGAGAUGGAGCGAGAGGCUGAGCGCAAGCGAGCGGCGCAAGAAAUGCUGGCCGAAGCUGCUCAAGCCAACAAGGAGCAGCUGGAGAGGAAGCGACAGAUGAAGCAGGCUCAGGAGGAGGAGGAGAUGAGGAUAGCGGCAUACAUCGCUGAAAGGGAUAGAAAAGAGCAAGAGAGGCAAGAAGAGCUCGAGGCUGAGCACAGAAGGAAAGCAGAGGAGGUGGCAAGGCUUCGGGCGAUGCAGGAGAAGCAGAACGACAGGGCUGCUGAGAUGGACGCUCUCCGUGCUAAGCGCGCGGCGGAGGAUUAUGAGCGCUCAUGGCGCGAGAGGGAACGAGCUGAGGCGGCCAGGAAGCAGCAGCAGCUCGAGGAUAUCCAGCGAUCGAGGGAUGAGAUGCAGAGGCAGAAACAGGCUGUCAUGUCUCAGGCCGCCCAGAUGGAGAAGGAGCAGUUCCAGAAGAUCCUCCACAUUGCUGAGAACAUGGAGAAGAAGGCGAGGCAGAGGCAGGAAUUCCUGGACGAGGGUGCUAAGGUCCGAUAUGAGAUUGAGAAGGAGCGCAUGAGAAUAGAGAAGAUCAAGCAGAACAAGAUCAAAGACCUCAAGACCCUCGGAGUCCCUGACAAGUACCUUGCGCAGCUCCAGAACGUCAAAGUCAAUGUAUCCUAG